UCAUUGAACUCAGAACAGUGCAUUAGUUUUAAAUAGGUAUUAGAAAAAAAAAUUGUCGCGCUUUUUACAACUUAAAUUUUUAAAAUAAAAUUGAAUGUGUAAACUACAUAGUUAAAUGAUAAAACGUAGAGAUUCCUUAGAAAAUGAAAUUGGAGAUGUUAUAUAUACUUACUGGAUUAUUCGCGUAUCUUUUCGGGUCAGCUGACAGUGCGGGGUAUAUAGAGAUAGGCAACCUGCCGGCGACGGUGUCAGUGUUUGAAGAAGCAGCCGGUGGCACGUUCCUGUACAGUGUAGCGUUUUAUCAGAGUCCCAGUGUCGGUACCGUGAAUUGCGGUUUCGACUCAGCCCAGCCUAACUUUGUUAUAGCAGCAGGCAGCGGAGCGGGUCAAUAUAUAGUACAGCUAGCAACAUCACCGAGUUUUGUUUAUACAACGACAUCCACUUAUUCGCUCGAUAUCACGUGCACUGACGGGACCGAUUCUUCGCCGUCUCUAACACUCACUGUAAAUCUGAUACAAAACGUUGCUCCCGUAUUCACAAACACUCCUGGUACUGUAGAUUUAUCAGCAAAGACGACAAAAGCCAACAUGAAUGUAUUCACGUUAAGUUACACCGAUCCUGAUACACCAUCCCCAUUACCUCGCCAGGCCGUGGUCAGCACAACUCCAGCCGAACCUAUCGCCAAUUUCUUCAUUUUUUCAAACGACAUGUUGAAGAUAACACAAGAUCUGAUAGACAACGAUGACGUACCUCAGUAUAUUUUAGAGAUCGAGGUUGGUGAUGAAAAAACAACAAGCACAGUCACCGUAACUGUCAAUAUAAAUGCGCGAAACACUCCGCCUGAAUUCGUGAAUGGGGUAAAUCCGGAUGAGACUAUAAGUUUACCGGAAUUUACGGCAGGACGGCUGUUAGUACACGACAUAGACACCUACGAUGCAGAGGGCGACACUGUUCAAAUGUCGGAGACUACGGGUGUUGCCGGUUUUGAACUAGUUCCAGCAACUGGAGAGGUCUACCUACUGGGUGGGGUCACUUUAGACUUCGAAACCACCUAUGAAUAUAUAUUAAAUGUAGAAAUUGAGGACUAUAUUGAUAAGCAGAAUACUUCAACGUAUACGUUAACCAUCAAUGUUACUAACAUCAACGAACAACCAACGUUUGCAGCAACGCCAUCUCCGGUGACCAUAGAAGAGAGUGUGAAUGGUACCGUUGUCGGCACACUGGAUCAGCUGUGUACAGAUCCUGACGGAGUACCACCGGACACAACAACAUAUGCUAUUUUGUUCAGCACGGAAUCUGCAUAUUUUUCCAUAGAUCCCACUACAGCGCAAGUAACUCUCGCGCAAGAUUACGACUACGAUGACGUGCACCUUGCAAAUGAAGUAAAUCUCACGAUUCGUUGUUCUGACACUGACGGGCUGAGUGACGACACAACUUACACUAUAACAAUUACAGACAUUAACGACAACAACCCAAUAUGCAGUCCAUCGGUAACCAGCUUCUCGUUAACUUAUGCACAAGCUGUCAGUACUACACUAAUGAACGUUGACUGCUCUGACAUUGACAGUACAGUCAACGCGGAGUUGGAAUAUAGCAUCAUCGGGCUAAGUACUGGGUACGCUAAAACCUUCUUCCAAGUAGAUACAUCCGGUAAUGUUUCAAUUUCCACUGCAUUCACAAUGGAUUAUAACACGUCGUUCUACGUAACAGUACUGAUAAAUGAUAAAGGAACGAACCCCGGUCCGCUGUCGGCGACAGUGACAUUGACCGUGACUUACACAGAAAGACCAACAAUCACGACUUACGAAGGAAUAACAGAAUGUUUCCUGUGCACGACGUCGGCAAUAACGUUGGUUUCCGCCGUAAGCUUGGUCGUUUUCAUGUUACUCGUCACAUGCAUUGUGCUUACGGUGUUAAAAUGUUGCUAUGAUCGAGAAAGACUGAAGAUUGUGAAACAUCUAUCAAAGAAGAAAAAGAAGUCAAGGUGGCGAUGGUGCGGCUGUCUGCGACCAGGUGCGUUGAAGAAGAAAAAGAAGAGUAGAAUGGAAAUCUUACUUGCAGAGAAAAGAGAUCAAGAAUAUAUACGUGCAAGAAACGCUUUACUCGGUGUAAACGAUGAACCAGACAAGGCUGAGGAUUCACUCAGAUCAAAAGAGCUCCCAGGACCUUCAGGUACAAAGCCAGUCGGCAACAACGGAGGCCAGCGCAAGAAACGUCAGUCUAGUGAAUCAAUAAAUGGCAGAGUUCUUGACUAUGCGUACAUGGGAAGGGAUAAAACCCCUGAUAUAUCUGCGACACCAGUAGACAGGGAAAUGCUGACUCAAAGUCAAAAGUUGCAGUUAGAAAAAUUUAAAGGAAUGAAGAAAUCGGUUGACAGCGAAGGUCCAUCUACCUCAAAGAAAGGUCAGGCUGCCAGUGGCAUGAUAUGGUCGUUUGAGGGACGCUAGUGCAACAAAUAUUAUAGUUUAACAAAAUUGCAAAUUGAUAUUUAUCAUAAAACAAAAAAUGACUAAUAAGCAUGGAUAUAUAUACAUAUAUCAGCCGCGCAAUGGGAAAACCAACAUAGUGGCUUUGCGUCCAGCAUGGAUCCAGACCAGCCUGCGCAUCCGCGCAGUCUGGUCAGGAUCCAUGCUGUUCGCUAACAGUUUCUCUAAUUGCAAUAGGCUUUGAAAGCGAACAGCAUGAAUCCUGACCAGACUACGCGGAUCUGGAUCCAUGCUGGUCGCAAAGCCACCAUGUAAGCUUUUCUCAUGGCGUGGCUCAUAUAUAAAAGAUAUUCAAGGCAUUAUUUUUUUAUCAGUCAUUAACCAUUUAUUUAUCAGUUUGUUUAUUUAUUCUAUCUGUUUUGUUACUUAUCAUAUUUAUUAUUUAACUAUCGUGUUGAUAAAAGCAAGUUACUGGUUCAAAACAAAUUUCAUUCUGAAUAUGUACAAACGUGUAUGUAAGCACAAGACACUGAGACUUCCUUGCUCGAGUGGUUAAGGUCGCCGACUUCAAAUUACUUGCAUAUGUGGGCUCGAAUCUACAUGUUUUGUAAGGUCGCCGGCUCCAAAUCACUUAAUUAUAUGUGAGCUCGGACCCAACUCCAGUCGUUGCAUUCUUCGUGUGAGGAAGUCAUACAGCUGGCAUACGGAAGGUCGGCAAUGCCCGCCCGUGAUAAAAUAAUGCACGGAAGGGCACUCUUUCUCUACCACUA